UCUUUUUCUUUUUUAUUGGUACCAGGGAUCGAACUCACCACCACACACUUGCAAGGCAGGCACUUAUGCCAUUAAAUCCCCAGCCCCUCUUCAGCCUCUUUUAUAAAACUCGGACCUCCCUAACUCCAAAGAAAUCUGUCUUCUGUCCUGAUCCUAGGGUCUUCAAGGGGUAAGCUACCUUUGUCACUUCUACAUGUUUCUUAAAAGAACCAUUGUCUUACAUAAGAAGAAAACUUGAAUGAAAAGAUUACUAAUUUACUAUUUAAAUAUUCAUCAAAUAUUAAUUAAGCACCUACUGUGGCUGAGGCUUACUCGGUAGCACUUGCCCUUCUCCAGGCUCUCAGAAGGAUGUUGAUUUAACUAUGUUCUCUCGUAUCCUAGCAACCAGAAACUGAUCUGUGCUCUAGCCAGGACAGAGGUCAUUUCUCCCUGACUGCUAGAACUUGCAGCCUCCCCAAGCCUCUGAAGACCUGUCUGUGCAGCUGUUUAGGACCACUGAAACCAUCAGUUUUUCCCAAGAACCUCAACCCUACUGACCCACCGCCCAAGUAAGAUGAGCUUCUCCCUCACAUUCACUGAACUGGUCAACAUUGCUAUACCACAAUGUGGGGUGGUGAACUUUAAAGCCCUGCAUCUUCUGCUCCAGGGCAUCCUGGAGCACAUAAAAAUGGCUGAUCUCAAGAAGGUCCUCUCAGGGGAUGAGGACUUUCUGCAGACCUCACAGGUGGUGGUCAUGCCCAGGGAAGGAGAUGCCCAGCCUAUCCUUAGUCCUAUGAAGCGGCUCAGCAAUGUCUUUGACCAUGUGGUGAAUCGUAUUGACAAGAUAGAGAACCAGCUGGCUGUCCUGCAGGACCUGCCCUCUACCACCCAGCUGCUGGAGGGCAGCCAGGGGACUGUCCGACCCAUCCAGGAUGUGUGGCAUCUGAUCAAGCUGAGGAAGAUGGUGGAGGGCAAUGAAGAAGCCACCACAAAGUCCAUACAGAUCCUGCAGGAUUUGCUCACUGAUCUUUCUACACUCAAGGCCACAGUUGGAGACCUGAGGAAGGACGUGGACAUGCUAAAGGAUGUGUUCGAAAAGGUACCCCUAGAAAGACUGGAUCUCAUCUCUGAAGACCUGAAAACUCUGAACCGACAGAUGAUUGUUCUGAAGCGUGAAAUGAUGUCUCUCCAAAAAAAGCUCCAUGCUGUCCCUAGCUCUGAAGAUGUGGUGUUCUGGAGUAGCCUCCAUGAGGCCAUGUUCACCCCAGCGAGUGGAGGAGGAGGACCUGGGGCAGGUGCAGCAGGGGGAGCUGCCCAGCUGCGUCAGCCCCUUCUUCCUCAGAAGGCUGCUUCACAAGAGCUGGAGCUGUCCAACAUGUGGCAGACCACGGAGCCACCCCCACAGGCUGCCAUUGCCCAGACCCAGAACAUUGAAAAGGUUGGUCACCCCCAUGUUCCAGAGCCUAUCCAAGGCCUCAGGAUUCUACAGGCUCCCUGGCACUCUGACAUCCAGGUACCCUUAUCAGACCAGGAAUCUGUCCAGGCACUUCCAUCCGGCAGUGCCAAGGAGCCAGGCCAGCCUCAGGCCCUCAUCACUGGGUCUGGGUCUGUAGUUGGACCUGCAACUGAACCUGAACCUGAAACUGUGCUGGGACCAGAAUCCCAGUCCCUGGCUACACCAGGUCCCCCUGUGACACCUGAGUACACACCAGCACCUUUGGUUACCUUUGGACCUGGGAUUGGCCCUUUGCCUUUCUUGGAUGAAGGUUUAGUCCAGCCUAGCACAAGUCCAUCAGGUACCCUGCAGUCUUCUCAGCUCCAGCCCUUCAGGGCACCGCCUCCAGCUCGGGAAUUUGGAUCAGCAUGGCCUCCUUCACUGCAGGCUGUUCAACUUCUCAAGAGAAAGUCCCACCAGCUCCCCAUGAUUGAAGAAAAGGGGGGAAAAUAUUAUGUGAAACACACUUGGGAGGGAUCUCCCAAAGAUGAGGCACCAAAAGAAAAAGACUUCCAGGAUGUGGUCCCCAAGGAUGGGGUCCCUAGGGACAGGGCCCCAGAAGUAGGAGCUAAGGACCCCAAGUCUGCCCUGCAUCGGCUGAAAACCACCGUUGCCACAGCCACUGCUGCUGCUGCUGCCUAUGCAGCUGCUGCAACCUCAGCAGCCCAGACAGCCAGGGCCGCUGCAAAGGUGUUGGAGGAAGCCCCUGCCACCAAAAUGGCUACUGAGGCAACAACUAUGGCAGCGUCUGGGCCCUUCGUCUUUGCAGAUAUUGUAGGGGCAGGGUUUUCCCAUGGAGCUCUAGACUCCACAGCCCUUGGCACUGACGGUGAGAAGCAGGAAGACCAUGUGACAGGCUCUAAAGCAGUCUCUCCCCUAUCCACCAUGGGCCUUGGCAUUUAUGACUCAUCGCUGUCCCAGAGUAUGCUAGCUGCCACACAGGCCGUAAGCCCUGAAGACAAGAAGAAAGCCGUCAAGCACUCCAUGAGCCACAUAGCCCAAAUACCCAUUAGACAUGACAACUUGAAAGAAGAGUUGGCCCAGCUGUCAUCUAAUUUGCAACAGCGCUUUAAUUAUCUAGCUGACAUGGGAGGUGCUUCCAGGUUUGGAACGGCAGUAGACCUACUGGAGGAAAAGAUUAUCAGCCUCCAGAAAUCCAGGCAAAAGGAGGAAGAACUUGAGAGAAUUUGGGGCACCCAAAUAGAGGAAAUGAAGAAUCGCUACGUAGUGCUGGACAGGGCAGUGGAGAAGAUCCAGACUCGCUUGAAUGACUUAAAGACUCUGCAGACUCAAAUUAAAUCCUUGGAGCAGAACAAGGCAAAUAAAAGCACCAUGGAGCAGGAGCUGAAAGAAAAAGCCGACAGGAGCGCCCUGGCAAGCAAGGCCAGCAGGGCUGACCUGGAGGUGGUGGUGACAGAGCUGAACAGCAUGAUUCAGAGCAUGCUCUUGAAGGUCUCGACCAGUGAGGAUAACUGGAAGAAGUCGGUAAAGCAGCUGAGGAAAGACAUGGCCACCAAGCUGGUACCCAGUGACCUGGACGCUCUGAAGAAAGAAGUGGUCGAGAUCUGGCAAGCAGUCAAGAAGCUGAUGAUGGAAAGCUUCCGAUUUGACCCAGAUCAUGCUGCAGGCUUUAAGAGGCAACUGUUUGAGCAAGUGAAGUGCAUAUCUUGCGACCGGCAGGUGGAGAUCAUGACCUGUCCGCAGCUGAUUACCAUCCGCAGAGCCCACCUGUUGUCGAGGCUGCGGCCAGCCAGUGCCAACAGCUAUGAGUACCUGCAACGGCAGCAGAUGAGGGAACAACACCAACUGCACUUCCAGCAUCUCAGCACAACAGAGGACAGCUUCGACCCCUUGAGCUCCCACCAGGACUGGAAUGACGGCCCCCGAAAUGACCCCAACCUCAAGCUCAAGUCAUACAACCUGUCAACUCUCUAUCCUUAUGGAGAUCCCCAAGUGAUAGACUAUGAUACUGCUGAGGUGGACAUCCUGGGAGUGGACGGGAUCUUGUACAAAGGCCGAAUGACCAACCAGACUGGGACUCGACUCUUGGCCACUGGAGAGAAAGAACCAGCAGUUAUGAAGAUUCCAUGUCCCCCAGGUCAAAGUCUGUGUGAUCGUGUGCGCUCUAGUGCCUUAGUUGGUGCCAUCUAUCCCCCCCAGGGGCCUCACACCAACACCACCUCAACUGUCUCGGGCACUACUGCCGCGACACUGCCUCAACAACCAUCUCUGCUGCCCCUGACGCUGCUGCCGCCACUCAUUCCAACCCCAAGGGACCCACAACAGACCCCACAGUUCACCAGGCACUUAAGAUUUCCACACACUGAGUCCGGAGCCAGCAUGCGGCUUGUGGAGGAGCCUGACAACCUAUGAGCUCUACUCCUUUCUCCUACUGGGUUCCCUCCAUGGCCCCUGGGGCCCUGUGACUGGCCUAAGAAAUGAGCUAGGGGCCCUAGACCCAGGAGAGGGGUCUGCAUCUAUGUAAGGAAGUCCUCAUGUUGAUCCAGUAGUUGCUUUUAAAACUCUAUGUAUAUAAAUAACAAACAACACAUUGACAUUUUCAUAUAGAAUACAGCUCUCAAGUGCAUUAUCCACUGAGUCAAUGGAAUUCCUUAACCAAGUUUUGACACAACAGCAUUAAAGUGGCUUUAAAACCAUCCCUCUCCUUUUUAUUUCCUUGCAAUGCUGUCAUCAGAUUCAGUUCCCAUUACAGUUCUUGCCUCUGUGCCUCUUACCUGGGAGCCAUUAUUUCUAUUAAGACCAAUUUUCCCAUGGCAACCAAAUUUCACUGUGUGCAAUCUUUUUUGUGUUGAUUGUUCUACUGGAAAUUAUUCCUGUGAAUUGGAUUGUUCCUUUUCAUUUCUUGGGCUGACCCACAAGGAAACUGGUACAAUGCCCCUGGAGUAUUCUAGAAUUGUGGGGCUACCUACUAGCAAUUUCUCCUGCUUAUAGCCCACACAUGUGCUGGGGAAUAGAGCAAACCACGAGGUUGCAAAGUCUUCACUAUGACAAUUUACUAAUCACUCUUAUAACAUAAAGCAGGGGUCUCUCCCCAUGCCCACCUUCCGUGGGGUCAUGGACUAGCUUUAUCUCUUUCCAUUUUGAUUGUUUACCUAUCUUUUCCUCUUCUCAAUCUCUUUUGAUUUUCUCAUUUCCUUGUUCUACUGAGUUCUGCUCUUUCCUUUUCUACCGUCAAUAGUUCUGUUCUAUUUCACAGAGACAAAACAGCCUCCCUCUGCAAAGGUUAGGAGUGUAACCACCUCCUCAGUUCUCACUAAACACUGAAGUGAGUCAGGGGAAUUGGUGGCUGGUGACAAGAGCUGUUCGGGAAUAAGCUGGAGAAGGGAGGACUCUGGGCAGGACUAGGAGCCCCCAGGCUCUGCCAGGGGCAGGUAUGGAAGACGAACCCAUGCCUGGGAAGCUAUCAGUGCCUGAGGAUGCUGUUUGCUCAGGAUUCCUAACAGUUCCCAAAGCCCCUCCACAACUAUGACCAACACUAGAUGACUUGGUUUUUUAUUUGCUUUUGUUUUGUGGUACUGGAGACUGAACCCAGGGCCUUUGCACUGCGCUAUGUCCCUAGUCUAUUUUUAUAUUUUGAGACAGAAUCUAACUAAGUUGCUAAGUUGCCCAGGCUGUGCUCAAACUUGUAAUAUUCUUGCCUUGUCCUCUCAGCUGAUUGUUUUCUUUCUCCAAGGACUCUGUCCAAAUGACGCCAAGCUCUUCCUGACCCAGGUAUUCCUCAAUCCAUGCUGCCUUUGGCAGUGGCACUGGCUGGUAUAUCCCAAACCCCUACCUCCAGUCACAGAUGAGUAUUUUUGGCAACUGCUUCCCAGAAUAAAAUCUUCCUCUUGUCUGACUAUAGAUGAGGUAUACUAUUCAGAGGGUGACCUCUCCCUGUGCACAAAUGGGACUUGCUGGUCCCUUCUCUAGUUGCCACUCCAAGCUCAGCCUCCUAGCAACUGUGCCCAGCUCACCCAGGUGAAGGGUCAGCAAAACUCACAAUAAACCUUCUUCUUCCA